GCCGCGGGCAAGAUGGCGGCGGGCGGCGCGGCGGAGGCCCAGGCGCGGUUCGGGCACUCGGUGAAGGGGCUGCUGACCGAGAAGGUGACGAGCUGCGGCACCGACGUCAUCGCCCUCACCAAGCAGGUGCUGAAGGGCUCCCGCAGCGCCGAGCUCCUGGGGCAGGCUGCGAGGAACAUGGUGCUGCAGGAGGACGCCAUCCUGCACUCGGAGGACAGUCUAAGGAAAAUGGCCAUAAUAACCACUCACCUACAGUACCAGCAGGAAGCAAUUCAGAAGAAUGUUGAGCAGUCAUCGAACCUGCGGGACCAGCUGAGUCACUUGCUAAAAUGAAGCGUGGCUGAAGGCACGAGGACUUCUCGACUGGCACUGAGGGCAGCCAGGCAUCCUUUCCCCUCCGGGGCUCAGACGUGUGUCUGGACGGUGCUGGGUGCCAGCUGGGAUACGUGCAGAGCGCACAUUCCUGAACGUGUGGGCCCCUCUCACGCGGUCCCAUCCACGUCUCUGUCUCCAGAACGCUCUCCUGCUUCCCCACCUGUUACUGAAACAAACUUAGCAGAAAGUUCACUUCCCCCAACAAUCCCUGUGUUCGCUUACUUCCCGUGUGUCACAUGAGAUGGUCGUCUGUCCAAUGUUUUUCACAGCCAGAGUGGGAUGGUUUUAUUUCCCAUCUAAGCUCUGCUCCGUUAGCAUUCAUCUCCUGUAAGAUGACAGAAUAGUGCUGCUCGUGCCUGCCAACAACCAGCAAUCACAGAGCAAGAGUUUUCAUACAAAGUAGCUCCCCCCCUCCCAAUAAAUGUACGAAUUAGAGAUGUGGGUUUUAAAUACAGGUGCCUGGAGUUUGA